CAGAAGAUCAAGCAACGGUUAAACCAAUACCGGUACAAUCAUCGUAUCUUGAAGAUAUCAGGCUGCUUCUUUUUUUCUUGCACAAGAGCCCCCCCGCCUCCCGAGACACAAAAUGUCUCCCGUCGGCGCUGCCCCUCCCCCGCUUCCCAUGCACGUGUACAAAAUCCUACCGACGGCUCCCCCGGCGCCAUUGCCGAGUCCGUACCCACUAUCGGAUCUGGACAAGAAGGAUGGCUUUGUUCACUUGAGCACUGCCUCGCAGAUCCCUAUAACCGCGGGAAUCUGGUUCAAAGACUUUAGCGAGCUCUGGAUCCUCAAGUUGAACCUCGCCAAAUUCGAGAAGGACAUAAACUGGGAUACGCCUGGGUGUCCGCAUUUGUACGGGAAUUUUGGUGCCGAAGAGGUUGUUGAUAGUAGGAAGUUUGUCAGAGGCGAUGGACAGGAAUGGAGGGAAGCGCUGGACGGUUGCGGUGAUUGGCUCGAGUAAAAAGACAGCUAGAGGCGUCUAUUGCAGGGAUCUUUGCAGUUGGCAUACUUUUUAGUCCAAAAUCCAUCCGUUCCCUUUUGAGCAUUCAACCUGAGUGAGUUAGGUACAAGUAUUCC